AUGUUCCUCCGUCGUUUAUUGCGUUCAUUGAAUUCGAUAGCGGUGCUCCGCAGCAGUUUGGACUCAACUGCUCGCUUGUCUUCAGUUCAUAGGCCUUCUGUUUAUUCACCGAUUUCAUCAUCAUCAUCAUCAUCGACAACACCUACUUUUGUGCGUUUCGAUACUACACGAGUAAACCGUAGUGGUCAGAUCACAUCUCGUUCCUAUGCGACCUCAAAAUCCGAAUCAGAUGCAGCAGUCGAACUGGAACCCGAUGCUGACCCAGCUGUCAAUGAUAAUGAAAUAGUAGGAAUCCCGCAGACCGAUGAUCCGGGCCGUACUCGGGGUCGAGGCAAGCCUGAUUUAUUAGAUACAGUUCGCAAAAAUGCCAAAGGAAAAGAGUAUAACCCUGUGGAUUUGGCCACCAGUCUGGAUUAUAUGAACUCCGGUGGACUUUGUCAACAUCAGCACAAAAAGUUGCUUGUGGAAAUCGAGAAAGCUCGGGAUGUGGCUACAUAUCUCACUGUUCCACCUCGUUAUCCUCAGAUUGUGCCCAGUGUUCAGUACUCGUUUCUCUGUCGGAUUGCCUCCGAUACGGGCUCGCGGAUUGGUCGGGCAGCUCGAAAUCUAUGGACAUCCGGCUCAGUUGGCCAUGGUCCACUAUGUUUUGUCCAACCGCAAACCCGACUUCGUGUGGUGGACAACAGCCCGUGGAGUAGUAUCGCUCCGGCGACAACAGUGGCCGAGUCGUUGGGAGCGAAAAAACGAUCACUCACCGGGCCUCAAAAACAACCGGCCGUUGUUAUGCGAGCAAAGUUAGCCACGACCCCAACUGGCCUUGCUCUGAAACCAGCCCUCUGUAUCCGGGUGUACAAUCAGCAAAAUAAAGGCCGCAUAGGUGAUAAAGUGAUUGUGGCUGUAGGCGGUCAGAAAAAGCGAGGCUGGAUUGUGGGAACACGACAGGCCUCACGAGACGGCUGGCCCCGAUUCGAGUCCAACAACAUUGUGCUUGUUGACGAUGAGGGCAAUCCACUGGGCACACGAAUUCUGGUUCCUAUCCCGGCGAAACUGCGCAGCCUUCCUGGGGAUAUUAGCAAAAUCCUGUCUAUCGCGACUCAUUUUGUAUAG